AUGCCUCACUCUGUCAACAACUCGACGUCGACUGGAGCCAAGAUGUCGCGACCUUCGUCCACCUCAACCUACUCGGCCUCGAACGUCAACGCGAAUCAAUUUCCCAAGCAGGCUGGCGCCACCACCCUUCUUGCACCCGAGACCAACGACACCCAGGCACUCACAUCGCCAUCGCAGCUUUCCUUCACAUCGUCGCCGCGAUCAGUUAUCGACGCACCCACGUUUGACGAUUCAAGAUUACGGCCUGCCACAUCCGCUGGUGCCAACAUCGCGCGCCCCUACUCUCGCCAGCGUGCCCAGUACUACGAAGAACAAUUCUCCUACAAGGAUGGCACAACAUCCAAUGCUCGAGACCGUGUGACAAAGGAUGCGCCAAUUGUUGCAGAGUUGAGAACGAACGUAAUUAUCAAGGAUGAAUACACCCUUGUCACCGACCUCUCACACCACCUGUCGACUCGUUAUCAGAAGCCUGAAACAUCGAUUAUGAUAACAGUCAACCACUCAGCAUGUCUGUUGCUCGGCGGUAGUUUCGAACCGACCUACAUUCUCACCAUCAACGCAUUGCCCGUGCAGCUGCAGCCCACACUCAACAAGCGCAAUGCCGCCAUGAUCCAGAACUUCAUGACGGAGUCGAUUGGCGUCCCGAUUGAUCGCGGCAUUGUCAAGUUUGUUGCAAUCCAGGAGGAGGCGUUCGCAAUGAACGGAGUGACCAUCUUGGGCGAGAUCGAGAACCUUGAGCGCACCCAAGCUGAGGAGACAGGCAUGAGGAGGAACAUGACCAAGAGUUCCCGCCGAUCUGGUGUCUCCAAAGCGAAGAGUAGCAUCACGCUUUCUCGCAAGACUUCCAAGGCUAACACCAAGGGAAGAACAGUCACCCCUCCGCUUCCUAGCCCUGGUCCCCUCGAUUCCGGAAUAGCAGUCAACGAGAAGGGCCUGCAGGAGAACUCCUCCACCCAGCCUGCCAGCAAGGGCAUCAACCACAAACAGUCUGAGCCGAUUAUGUCGAGGUUCAGCAGAAGGCCUAGCACCAACCUCGUUCCUCCGCCCAUUCCUGAGAGCAAGACAGCAAAGCACUCUAUGCCUAAGCGCAAGAGUCUACUGAACAUCUUCCGCCGAUAA